AUGGCGCAUGCUAGUUUUGAGUACAGAUACCUAGCAAUUCGCGGUCUGCGACAAAACCUGGAAAACACAGAGGCUCAGAAUCUUGUUGGAGUUUUGGCUGCCUCACUCGUACUUUCCUGGCAAGCUCCCUCAAGUGACGAGUACUCGCACACUAUGCAAGGUGUCAAGACUGUGCUUGAGUUCAUGAAUGCCAACGAGCACCAUUCUGAUUUGCGAUCACUGCUUGUAUCAUCGGAAGAUCUUCAUCCUUCAGGAGAUCUUAGCUUCAGCUUUCCAGAUCGUCCCUUGGUGAAAGCCAGCGAGGUCUUGAAGACAAUUCUCAAGAAACUACAAAGCUUUCAAGUCGAUGACGAGUUCAAGCGAAGCAUGCGAGAACUUUCAAGUUAUGUCUCCAGCUUAGCCAUGCGUCCACUCACGAAUACUCCUGCCGAGUAUCAGUUGCAAGCACUCUAUCCCAUCAGAAACUGGAUGUAUUGGAUACCCAGCGCCUUUCAACGCCUCGCUCAAGGUGAUCCGGUUGUCAUGUUGUUUUUUGCAUGCUACGAGAUGACUCAUCUCGCCAUCGCUCCGGUGCUUCCUGCGACGAAUACUCCAUUGAGCAUUUUGAAACGAGCCAGAAUUAUUGAGAAUUUGGAUAGGCAGAUCACAGAUCUGGAACGACGAUCACAUAUACCAGCAUUUAACCUGGCUGGACAGACGCAAACUCUUGGCAUGUUGAAGGCUUUGAUGGCUGGGCCUCGCUCUUGGAUAUACACACAUACAAAUACAUGA